CUAUAUGAGAAAGCUGUAGGAUUCGCAUUUUAACAAAUCAUAACCAACUCUGGAGAAGCUCAACGAGAGGAUUACGAGAUAUGGGUUUUCGAUUUCCCUAUUCCAUCCUUUUCUUUCAUCUGCUGCUUUUCAUGUUUGGCCAUUAUUCUAAUGGAGUUAGAGAUGUGCCUAAGCAAGAGAACUUCCAUGGAAAUACAAAUGAAGCAAUGAAGAAUACUUCAGUCCAAUUAUAUUACAAAAUCUUGGAUGAACUUUUCAAAAGGCCAGCAAUACUUGUUGCUACAGCAUCAAAGUUUGGCAAGGAGUUCGAUAAUUUCGUGCUUGAUUUCGUGCAGGCUUCAUACAUAGGCUUGUUUACUCCAGACGAUGUAUAUUUUGGAAAGAUCAUGCUAUUUACUUUCCACAAGCCAAAAUCUCUGUUGAUCAUCAACAGGAGAAAUGUGAAAUCCCUCCUGCUGAAGUUGAGACCAAAGUCUGCGCUAGAGAUAUGGAAUCAAUGCUUGAUUAUGUUCAUCGAGUCUUCGGUUCAGACAGCGAGUUCAAGGCUGUCGAAACGAAGCACUCCACGAUAUCAGCUCCAUUAUUACAAGACUAUAUUGUGUUGGAAGAUCCUCAGGAGAUUAAGGGUCCUGGAAUUGUGAUUUGUCAUCCCAUGUAUGAAGAUUUCUUCUGUCAUUAUGAUGCUGAUGCUACAAAGAUUGUGAAAGUCUCACUCGGAGGUAAUAAUGGAGAUAAAGUUGAAGCUAUUGGCAUUUGCCAUAUGGAUACUUCAGGGUUGAGCCAUGAUCAUAUUGCGUUUCGCUUGCUACCGAUCAA